CCCAGAGCCACAAUGGCAGAGCUGCCGGUGUCAGAGAUGCCAGGGGACCCCGCACUGUGCAGUGGGCGCUUCAUCAUCAGCACGCUGCUGGGGGGCGAUGAGCCUCCACCGCCCGCUGCCUGUGAUAGCAGCCACCCCAGCCACCUGACCCACGGCAGCACCUUCUACAUGCGUACCUUUGGCUACAACACUAUCGAUGUGGUGCCAGCCUACGAGCACUAUGCCAACAGCGCCCUGCCCGGAGAGCCCCGGAAGGUCCGGCCCACGCUGGCCGAUCUGCACUCCUUCCUCAAGCAGGAAGGCAGCCACCUGCAUGCCCUGGCCUUUGACAGCCGGCCCAGCCAUGAGAUGACCGACGGGCUGGUAGAGGACGAGGCAGGCACCAACGGUGAGAAGCAGCCUGGGGAGCCCGUGCGCUUUGGCUGGGUCAAGGGGGUGAUGAUCCGUUGCAUGCUCAACAUCUGGGGCGUGAUUCUCUACCUACGGCUCCCCUGGAUUACAGCCCAGGCAGGCAUUGUCCUGACCUGGAUCAUCAUCCUGCUGUCCGUCACCGUGACCUCCAUCACCGGCCUCUCCAUCUCAGCUAUCUCCACCAACGGCAGGGUCAAGUCAGGUGGCACCUACUUCCUCAUCUCCCGGAGUCUUGGCCCAGAACUAGGGGGCUCCAUUGGCCUCAUUUUUGCUUUUGCCAACGCUGUGGGUGUGGCCAUGCACACCGUGGGCUUCGCGGAGACCGUGAGGGACCUGCUCCAGGAGCAUGGCACACCCAUUGUGGACCCUAUCAAUGACAUUCGCAUCAUCGGUGUGGUCACCGUCACCGUGCUGCUGGCUAUCUCCCUGGCUGGCAUGGAGUGGGAGUCCAAGGCCCAGGUGCUUUUCUUCCUUGUCAUCAUGGUCUCCUUUGCCAACUACUUGGUGGGGACGCUAAUCCCCCCAUCUGAGGACAAGGCUUCCAAAGGCUUCUUCAGCUACCGGGGAGACAUUUUUGUCCAGAACUUGGUACCCGACUGGCGGGGUGCAGAAGGCAGCUUCUUCGGGAUGUUCUCCAUCUUCUUCCCCUCCGCCACAGGCAUCCUGGCAGGUGCCAACAUCUCUGGGGAUCUCAAGGACCCUGCUGUAGCCAUCCCCAAAGGAACGCUCAUGGCCAUUUUCUGGACCACCGUCUCCUACCUGGCCAUCUCAGCCACCAUCGGCUCCUGCGUGGUUCGAGAUGCCUCCGGGGUCCUGAAUGACACGGUGACGACUGCCAGCUCGGGCGCCUGCGAGGGGCUGGCCUGCGGCUACGGCUGGAACUUCACCGAGUGUGCUCACCAGGGCAGCUGCCGCUAUGGCCUCAUCAACUACUACCAGACCAUGAGCAUGGUGUCUGGCUUCGCGCCCCUCAUCACGGCUGGCAUUUUUGGGGCCACCCUUUCUUCCGCCUUGGCCUGCCUUGUGUCUGCUGCCAAGGUCUUCCAGUGCCUGUGCCAGGACCAGCUGUACCCGCUGAUCGGCUUCUUCGGGAAGGGCUACGGCAAGAACAAGGAGCCGGUGCGCGGCUACCUGCUGGCCUACGCCAUCGCCGUGGCCUUCAUCAUCAUCGCUGAGCUCAACACUAUUGCCCCCAUCAUCUCCAACUUCUUCCUGUGCUCCUACGCGCUCAUCAACUUCAGCUGUUUCCACGCCUCCAUCACCAACUCACCUGGGUGGAGACCCUCAUUCCGAUACUACAGCAAGUGGUCGGCGCUAUUUGGAGCGGUCAUCUCUGUGGUCAUCAUGUUCCUUCUCACCUGGUGGGCAGCCCUCAUUGCCAUCGGCGUCGUCCUCUUUCUUCUGCUCUAUGUGAUCUACAAGAAGCCAGAGGUGAACUGGGGCUCCUCGGUCCAGGCCGGCUCCUACAACCUGGCCCUGAGCUACUCGGUCGGCCUCAACGAGGUGGAGGACCACAUCAAGAACUACCGCCCCCAGUGCCUAGUGCUCACGGGGCCCCCCAACUUCCGCCCCGCCCUGGUUGACUUUGUGGGCACCUUCACCCGGAAUCUCAGCCUGAUGAUCUGUGGCCAUGUGCUUAUCGGACCCCGCAAACAGAGGAUGCCCGAGCUCCGGCUCAUCGCCAAUGGGCAUACCAAGUGGCUGAACAAGAGGAAGAUCAAGGCUUUCUACUCAGAUGUCAUCGCUGAGGACCUCCGCAGCGGCGUUCAGAUUCUGAUGCAGGCCGCAGGUCUUGGGAGAAUGAAGCCAAACAUUCUGGUGGUUGGAUUCAAGAAGAACUGGCAGUCGGCUCACCCGGCCACGGUGGAAGAUUACAUUGGCAUCUUGCACGAUGCUUUUGAUUUCAACUAUGGUGUGUGUGUCAUGAGGAUGCGAGAGGGGCUCAACAUAUCAGAGGUGAUGCAGGCACACAUUAACCCCGUGUUUGACCCAGCAGAGGACAGCAAAGAAGCCAGCACCAAUGGGGCCAGGCCAUCUGUCUCAGUGGACCCCGACGCCCUGGUGAGGGAGGAGCAGGCCAGCACCAUCUUCCAGUCUGAGCAGGGCAAGAAGAGCAUAGACAUCUACUGGUUGUUUGAUGAUGGAGGCCUCACCCUCCUCAUCCCCUAUCUUCUCGGCCGCAAGAAGAGAUGGAGCAAAUGCAAGAUCCGCGUGUUCGUGGGGGGGCAGAUCAACAGGAUGGACCAGGAGAGAAAGGCGAUCAUUUCCCUGUUGAGCAAGUUCCGACUGGGAUUCCAUGAAGUUCACGUCCUUCCCGACAUCAACCAGAAGCCGCGGGCUGAGCACACCAAGCGUUUUGAGGACAUGAUUGCACCCUUCCGCCUGAAUGACGGUUUCAAGGACGAGGCCACUGUCGCCGAGAUGAGGCGGGACUGUCCCUGGAAGAUCUCAGAUGAGGAGAUUAACAAGAACAGAGUCAAGUCCCUUCGGCAAGUGAGGCUGAAUGAGAUUCUACUGGAUUCCUCCCGGGAUGCUGCUCUGGUGGUCAUUACCUUGCCUAUAGGGAGGAAGGGGAAGUGCCCGAGCUCGCUGUACAUGGCCUGGCUGGAGACGCUGUCCCAAGACCUCAGACCGCCGGUCAUCCUGAUCCGAGGAAACCAGGAAAACGUGCUCACCUUUUACUGCCAGUAAUUCCAGGCUAGGAUGCCCAAAGCUGAGGGUGCCUGGGACAUCCACCCAUCCGUGGGGACAAGAUACGUGUCCUGUUAUGCUUAAGCAUCUGAUGAUCUGACUGAAGAAGCUGAUAGAUUUCCAAACUUUGGCUGGACCCCACUCCCAGUGGACCUGUCCUCUGGGCUUUGUUUGUAUGGGCUAGAGAAGUAGUAGAUGAAAUUGUGUGGAAAAUUCUCUGGUGGUUCCAUUUUCCUUUUAAGUUUUCUUUUGAUCUUGAUUACAACAAAUUAAGAUUCCAGUCUUUGAUUUUUUUUUUAAGAUUUUAUUUGUUUAUUUGAGAGAGACAGAGAGAGUUUGAGCUGGGGGAGAUGCAGAGGGAGAAGGAGAGAGCUCCCCACUGAACAGGGAGCCCAACACAGGGCUUGAUCCCAGGACUCUGGGAUCAUGACCUGAGCAGAAGGCAGAUGCCUAACCAACAGAGUCACUCAGGUGCCCCCAGUCUUUGAUUUACAUGCAAAUGUAAGUUAGAGUGCUUAGUGUGCAUGUGGCUGCCAGUCAGGAGGAUGGGUGACCCCCUGCAGCCCUUACAAAGGAGGAAUCACAGAGCCCUUUGAGCCUCCAUGAUGCAAAUUUCUUUAACCACUUCUCACUCUCUUCACUUUCCAUAAUGUGUCUUCAGCGUUUGGGUUGGUUCUUUAGUAGACCAGGGACUCUUAAACUCAUUUAGGUCGCAACCCAUGGUAAGAAAUAUCUUUUAUGCUGAGACUUGAAACAAACAUACACUGAAAUGAUAAACGUGUCACAAAACAAUACUUUACUGUGGGCGAUGCACUCUGAUAUUUGCUGUUUCUUUUUCUCUUUUUAAAGAUUUUUAUUUAUCUAUUCAUGAGAGACACAGAGAGAGGCGAGACAUAGGCAGAGGGAGAAGCAGGCUCCCUGUGGGGAGCCCCAAGCAAAACUCAAUCCCAGGACCUUGGGAUCACGACCUGAGCCAAAGGCAGAUGCUCAACCACUGACCCACCUAGGUGCCCCUCUUUUUUUCUUUAUAAUGUUGGUUGCAAUCCACAAAUGGCUGGUGACUCACGAUAUGUAGAAAGGCCAUGUUAGGGAUCAUUGUCAUUUCCCCAGCAUGUCCUCCAGAGAAGGAAAGGCAAUGAAUAGCAUAUGCGAGGACAGGGUAUGGUUGGUGGGCACACUGAGGAAGAGCUACAAAGAAGGAAUGCGUGGGUGGCUCAGCAGUUGAGCAUCUGCCUUUGGCUCAGGACGUGAUCCCGGAAUCCCAGGAUCUAGUCCCACAUCGGGCUCCCUGCAUGGAGUCUGCUUCUCCCUCUGCCUAUGUCUCUGCCUCUCUCUCUCUCUCUCUCUCUCUCUCUCUCUGUCUCUGUCUGUCUGUGUGUGUGUGUGUGUCUCAUGAAUAAAUAAAUAAUAUCUUUAAAAAAAGAGCUUCAGGGAUCCCUGGGUGGCGCAGCGGUUUGGUGCCUGCCUUUGGCCCAGGGCGCGAUCCUGGAAUCCCGGGAUCGAAUCCCACGUCAGGCUCCCGGUGCAUGGAGCCUGCUUCUCCCUCUGCCUGUGUCUCUGCCUCUCUCUCUUUCUCUGUAUGACUAUCGUAAAUAAAUAAAAAAAAUUUAAAAAAAAAAGAGCUUCAAAGGAGGGGCAAGAUUUAGGGUGUCUCAUAGAAGGAUGUUCACUUUCAAGUUUGAGUGGAGACAGAGGAUAGAGGUAUGGUUAGGGAUGCAGGUCUGGUGGGUCAGGAAUGGAGAAGCUGAGAAGGGGCAUAAAGGUGACCAGAUUGGCAAAGGAUCAGAAAUGCCCACAGCCCACCUCAGGCUGGAGAAAAGAACAGGGGAGGAGGAACUACCAGCAAAAGAUGGAAGCAGAGGAGGCUGCAGUGGGGGUGAGUGUAGGAUGGGGAUUGCAGGGAACCUGGGGAAGAAGGAUGUUUGGAUACCCUCAGAGUUUUUGCACCAACCAAGCUGGGACACAAGAGCAGAAUGUAUAUUAGGAGAUGUGGGCAAGGCUCACUGAAAAGGCAUUUCAGCUCUAGAUGCACCCCAGCAGUAGACAAGUGGGUUCCUAGAGGGAUACCACUGGCCGGGCCUUCUUGCAAUAGCCGCUUUCUUCAGGGUGGAUGAAGGAAGGAGGCAUCUUUGGGUCUGAUAGGCCCCCUCCAAGCCCACUGCAGUGCCCACUUAGUCACAAAGGCAGAAAUCUCUUUUCUAGUGUCCAGACGCAAAGGACUUUAGUGUCUUGCAGGCGAUCUCGCUGCAGAGACCAAAGGCUCUGGGCCCCCAGGCUUGUUAUAAGUUGUUUCACAUAUCAGAACGUGUUGAGAGUGACCAAGUGCCUGGCUGAGCUCACUAGGAUGGCUCCUCUGUUCUUGAGAGACCAGAGAAGUGUCCUGCCUCUGAGCCAUUCUAUAGACCUGGGACCAACCCCCAACCCCAGAUAGGUGAAGCCUCACUCAGGGAAGGCUUGCCUUUCUAGAGCCACAUCGAAAACUGCUUCCCGACAAAUAGUUUAUAAAUAGAUUGAUGAGACCCUGAUCCAAGGUCAGAGAAUGCUCCAGCUUAGGGCAUUAAAAGCAAGCAAACAAAAAAACCCACCAAUUUUUGCUCUCUUGGAAACUACAUUUUGAACAAUGAUAAUAGCUUUGUUUAAAAAAAAAAGGCUUGGGGAUCCCUGGGUGGCGCAGCGGUUUGGUGCCUGCCUUUGGCCCAGGGCGCGAUUCUGGAGACCCAGGAUGGAAUCCCACAUUGGGCUCCCGGUGCAUGGAGCCUGUUUCUCCCUCUGCCUAUGUCUCUGCCCCCCCCCCUGUGACUAUCAUAAAUAAAUAAAUAAAAAAUUUAAAAAAAAGGCUUGAGUUAACAGUAAGGUCAAAAACAAUGAAUAAA